AUGCAGACCAGGGUUGCGGGUGUCUGUGCCCUGGGCGAACCUGAUUGUGGGCUGCGCGAUCUGUGCAGCACUGGGCUGGUUGGGUACGCGAAGGGAAGGGAUCCCGGCCCGUUCGUGGACUUGGUCGUCGUGGUCACAAGGCGGCUCGCGGACGUGCGCAACACCGACGCGGCGCAGCGGUGGCUGGGGUACCUCCAAGAUUGCGGACUGAGGCUGGAGGACCGGGAGAUGGUGGACCUCAAGGAGCACGUGCGCGCGGCGAUGCCCAAGGAGAUAAUGCCCGCCCGGCUGUACUCGGAGAGCGACAUGAUCCCGGCCCGUGGAGAGCCGCUGGUGCUGAUGCCGGCGCCGGUGUGCGGCCAACCGGGUGAGAGUCAAGCGCUGGCGCGCGCUAAGCGCAGGUUCAGCGUUUGUGCCAGCCUCGCUCGCUUCCUGCUGCCGGUGCCUUCCGUUGGGCGCUCCACGGAGGGCCUCGUUGGCGUCUCGCCCUUGACGGAUGCCAGGGUCGCCCCGAGCGGCCGCAGCCUGGAGUCCGGAGCUGCGGCCCGAGAGCCGUCGGGGGAGGGCCGGCCGAGGCCCCCCGAGCGCGCCGUUGCGGCCGAGAUGGCCAGCAGGCAAGCUCAAGUUGACCCAACCCGCCUGAUCGAGGAGCUGGCCAUAGUCAAGACCAUGCUACAUCUAUUGGACACGCCGACGGCUCGCAUCGCUCAAUAUAGGUCUCAAGUGGAGUCACGGAUCCAGAGACAACAGAUCGUCGAGAGCCAGCUUCACGACCUCAAUAAGGAGCACGACGAGAUCAAGCGCGAGAUCGCAUCCCUCAAGGCACUCAUCUCCGAGGCUCGCGAAUCCAUCACGGAGAACAUGGCUCACUACCAGCGGAAGGAGGCCUACCUGCGCGACCAGCUCAAGGAGGAGGAGUCAGCGCACCUCGCCACUUUCAUCACCCAGAGGAAGCAAGAGGAAGAGACUUUCCGACACCAGCUACACGAGAACGCCGAGAUCAUGGUCCAACAAUAUCAACAACGCUGCCACGAACAACAGCAACGUCUUCUCUCCGAGAAAGCUCAGGCUCAGCAGGACAUCAGCAACAUCGCGAGGCUUGAACAGAACCAGCUUCAGGAUGCCAAGGAGCUACUUUUGGAGGAGUUCGGACAGGUCCAGGCUCAGAAGUACCGCACUUUGACGGCCCAGAGCGAGUACAACAGCGAGAUCGACAGGCUUCGAGGCACUUCCCGUGACAUACAGCGCUUCGAGAACGAACUCCAGGAGCAGCACCAACUCCAACUACAGGAGCACCUUCAGCAACACAGACAGGAGCGCGAGCGACUGCACUGCGAACUACAGCAAGCCCACGAGUUCGGCACCAGCAUCGACGUGGACAUCCUCAGGGUUCACACCCGCGACCAUCAGACCGACAAUAUCCUCUACCAUAUCGACUUCGACGAACAGGAGCCCUUACUCCAGCACCUUCGACGACUUCAGGCUCCCAGGCUUACCUUCGACUUUACCGACCGUUGCCACAACGAGGUUUCAGAUUACAUGGUGCGAACAUUUCCAUACCGACAGCUUCCACGAGAUUCUCGCCUGUAUUUAUACACCGACGGCUCCAAACACCCACGCCAACAUGGUCAAGACGGAUGGUCGGUUGUACUCGUCGGAGAAGACGAAGAAGGUUUCUCUUUUCAAGGCGCAAUAGUCGGCAAGCACCGCGACUCCACCCUCGUAGAGAUACAAAACCUCACGGACAACGAGACCACCUCGACAUCCAGCGAGAUCACAGCGCUCAUCUGGGCGCUCGCCUACAUCAUCCACAAGGACAUCAACCACAGUAUCUCGGUCCACUCCGACUCGCUGGGAGCGAUCCAACUGGCCAGGAUGGAGGCUUUUACUAACCGCGACGCCCACCUCGUGCAGCUACUGGUGAUCAUGUAUUCGCACGUCAAGGAAUAUGUCGACCUGCGUCACGUUCAUGCCCACGAGAUGAACCCGUGGAACGAAGUUGCCGACGCCGCGGCCAACUACGCCCGCAUCGAGGACUACCCGCACCCACAACCUGAAUGGGCUAACAUACUCAACGCGUCCCCUCAGCGCAGCUGGGAAUUCCUACUUGACGCCGACAACCACACCAAGGACGCUUACCCAUCCUUUUCACCUGGGAUGCUCAAGGCCCAGCGCAUCGAUACCACGGCAACGACAGCUCACCUUUCGACACCAGCCAAGUCCACGAAGACCUCGACCGAGAUAGAUGUCAACAUCGCCACCUAUAACAUUCAGUCAGGGCGCGAACCUGGCCACGGCGCUCGACGACGCAAAGAAAAGAUCCACAAGCUCAGAAAGACUAUGCUCAACCUGUACAUGGAGGACCUCCACCUGAUCGGCAUCCAGGAAGCCCGCACGCCCUGGGGAGUUCGCAGCGGCAACGACAUCACCAGCACGAGUGCGUACGCCUACCACGUCAUCUCAGGGGGCCACGAUCAGUACAACCUCGGCUGCGAGCUCCACAUACUCACCAGCAAGCCGUACGGAAAGGCAGGAGCCAAGGACCUCUACUUCCGCCCCGAUCAGUUCACCGUCAUCGAGCACAGCCCUCGGCAUCUCGUAGUAAGGAUCGAAGCUCCAGGCUUUCGACAUACAGUCUGCGUCGCCCACGCACCACAUUCACGAGCCAAGCCACACGAGAAGGAUAUCUUCUGGGAGAUGAUCGAGUGCGCAACUUCUAACCACAAUAUCAACAUCUUCUUCAUCGACGCCAACGCCCGAACGGGCAGCUUAUGCAGCCAGGCAAUCGGCGAUCAAGGCUUCAAGCAAAAGGAGGACGACAACGGCGAACGCUUCCACAAGGUCCUGCAAGGCAACUCUCUCAUCGCCGCGAAUACCUUCAAAAGUGGAGGCCAGGACCACUACACAUGGGACUCAGGCAAGGACGUGCACAGACUGGACUACAUAGUGGUUGGCCACGAGCUCUUCGACUCCAUCUCCUACACGUCCGUAAUGUACGGUAUCGACACAGAACACGACCACUCACACAAGAACGACCACUUCCCUGUCAAGGCUAACCUCGCCUACACCGUCGAGACCGCCUACCAGCACGGCACGCCCAAGCUCGACAUCGCUAAGCUCGACUCCGAGACAGCCAAGAACGACUUUCAACGACGCCUGCAGAAGAUCCAACACCCCCCCUGGGAGACCAACCUCAACGACCAUACUAAGAGCAUCGUCGAUCAGAUAAAGGACGCAGCCUACGCCAGCUUCAAGAAGCAGCAUCAUGCUCCCCGCAAGCCCUACAUUACCGAGGCCUCCUACGCGCUUCUUCGAUUCCGACGCACCCUCCUCAAGACGAUCCGCAUCGUGAAAAGGAAUGGCAUUGGCUCCAAGAAAUCACGCAGACGGAUCCGAUACACCGCGCACCUCAUCGCAAACCAGUCGGCCUCAGCGUCCCCUGACGACGUCAUCCACCUCAUGGACAUCCCUGGAUAUACUCAGCUGAUGAUCAAGACCAUCCUCUUCAUCAGCCACGCGGACCCCGACCAUACCACGGCUCCACACCACGACAGCACCUACUGCACUACCACCUUCACUACUGAUCUUUUCGACUCAUACAUGAGCUUCAUCCAAGAUACCGACCGCGUUCUCAGAAACCGCCUCGACCACGACCGCGACGCCCACCUCGAGCGCUUCUCCGACAACAUGAUAUUAUCAGCCGCAGGGAACGCCCCGCGGCAGGAAUGGGCAAACGUGAGGGCCUUACUCACAUACGGCGGCCGCACACCUAAGAGAACUCCGACUCCCAAAAUACGCCAAGACGAUGACGGCGCUCCACUCACGACGCCACAAGCCAUUGCGGAGCACGCCCUUCGAUACUACGGCAACAUCGAGAACGGCAUCAACACCGACAUCGAAGGCGUCGUCAAGUACUACAACAACAAGACCGCGCACACAAAGCCGAUACCCCACAUCGACAACGUCCAGACCAUCCGCAACCUGACAUCCGCCCUGGCAGCCGCCAAGAAAGGCAGACGCGGCGGACCCGACGGGAACACCGACGACAUGGCACGAGCAGCGCCGCGCCAGAUUGCCCGACUUCUGCACCCCAUCAUGAUGAAGAUGCAACUGAUGACGACGGAGCCCAUUUCGGCGAAGGGCGGUUUCUCCACCCAUUUCUCCAAAGGACAAGGACAGCUUCAUCUGCAGAAAGCCUACAGGGGCAUCCUCCUGAACAACACUAUUGGCAAGAUCAACAGCAAGUUCCUGAGAGGCCUCUUCCGCGACAUCUUACCCGACCUGCUGAUGGAUACACAAUGCGGCGCCGUCCCUCACAAGGCGACUGACUUCAUCACUCACACCGCCUACACCUUCUUGGACGACUGCCGUACGCAGGCUCGCACGGGCAGCAUCCUCUUCCUGGACUUGAAAGAAGCCUUCCAUUCGGUAAUCAGGGAGUUCAUUUUCCAGCUGCCGACUCAGGAGGACGAGCUCGAAGACGUCAUCGACAACAUCGAGAUUCCCAUCUGCCUCCUCCCCUCACUACGACAACGUCUUCGCUGUCCAGCACAUCUCAACGCCCACGUCGACGACUCUCACCUCUGCGCCCUCGUUGCCGACCACCACACGGCCAACUGGAUGACCGCCAAGGGCACCGACGCAUACGUGAUCCCUCGCACCAGUACCAGGCCAGGGGUGCCAUACUCCGACGCAGCUUUCAACAUGCAUUUCUCCCUAGUGCUUCAGGCCAUCGCCGACGACACCGAUGGGGCAGAAGACGGCGAGAGCGGCCACCACAUCCGCCCCUGCGACAACCCGCUCUUCUCUACGGCUCCUCAUCAAGGCGGCAAGCUGACCAACAUGUCCUUCGUCGACGACCUCACUGACUUCAACUCGACCACCCGCCACUCCGACAUCAUUGACAUCACAAGAACUUCAGCCGAACGUCUAUGCCGUACAGCCUUUACCUACGGGCUCAAGCCACACCCAGACAAGACCAAGGUCAUCAUCUCCUUUAACGGGACGGGCUCCAACGUCGCACGCAGCAGGCUCGCACAGCAGAACAUUACAUCAAUCCAGCUGAGCAUCAUGUCGAUUUCGGUCCAGAUCACAGACCAGCACCGACUCUUAGGCACCAUCCUAACCAACGGCAGCAUGGGCCCCGAGGUGCAGAAUCGCAUGCGACGAACCGACGCUUCGGCACGAGCUCUUGAGAGGCAAAUCCUAAGACGUCGACGCCUACCCCGCAAAACGAAGAUCAAGUACGUGCACGCCCUCUCGACUGCCUCAUUGACCUGCAACCAUCACGUCUGGCCAGCACUGACCCAGACUGACCACCAGCGCAUCUCCAAUGCCUACUCGAAGCCCUAUCGCACGGCAGCUGGAUUACCCAAAGCUAACUCGCAGCUUCAUCAUUUCACGGCCACCGAAGUAGUAGCUUACACUGGCAUCCCCGACUUCGACCACCACCAGUCUGCUGGACGGCUGCGAUACUUACCACGGCUUCUACGACACGCUCCUCAGCAGCUCCUCCAACUGCUUGACAACCAGCGACGGAGAAAGGGCUCAUGGACAUACAUGCUUUUCCAGGACUUCGACUUCCUGCGCACAUACCUGGACGACCAGCGCUGGCCCACGGCCAGCAAGCUCGACUCCGACGCUUUUGCAUGGGCUCGCACCACGCCGAAGCACUUCACCAACUCCGUCAACCUGGCCGUCACAAACUACAUCCGCGCCUCCAAAGACCACGCCCACGCCGACAAGUUGACCAAGGUGCUCAGACCCGACGGUCCCAUUGGUGCGGGCCCCACGCCAUCACGCGACAACGGCGCCAGCAACUUCAUCUGCUACGAGUGUGGAAUCGUUACCAAGACCAAGCAGGGCAUGGCAAUACAUAUCGGACCUGCCCUCACGGAGGAGGACGUGGCCACCAAUCAGGCGAUCUACGCGGCCAGCAUAGCCGACAACAAACGUAGAGGUCCGUCGGUGAUGUGGAAUACUGAGCUGAUGUUCUAUGCUACGGAGAAUCUUGCUACGAGACGACCGACCAUGGCAGACGCCACCAGCAGCCUCUACGCCAUCUACUACGGCCUCUCCCAGGAAUACGGCAAUCCCCUCGACGAUUUCGUCACCUCCAUUUUGGGCAGCCUGCCCCAGCUUGAGGUCGGACAUCGAGCCGAUAGCGAUAGCGAUAGCGAUAGGGGCCACACUGCGCCGCUCUUGGCGGUGACCUCCCACGCGAGGCCCAGGGAGCCGAGCAGCGUCGUGGCGUCGGCGAGGGACCUCGCCGACAAGCUCGGCGCUAUAGAGCGGCCGCCGAUCGCGAAGAACGCGCGCGCGCUCCUGGUCAGGGCGGGGCCCGGAGACCCCCUGGGCGCUCGGAGCAUGGGCCGCGGGUCCUCCGCCGUGGGCAUGAUGGAGGGCGCGUUCUUCGUGUCCAGGACGGAGCUCCUCCAGUGGGCGAACGACCUGCUGCAGGUGUCCCUCACCAAGGUGGAGCAGUGCGCGAACGGUUGCAUCUACUGCCAGGUGGUCGACUCCUGCUACCCAGGCACGGUCGGCAUGAAGAAGCUCAACUGGAUGGCGCGGGCCGACCACGAGCACGUCCCGAACUACAAGGUGCUGCAGGCCGCCUUCGACAAGAACGGCAUCGAGAAGCACAUCGAGGUGGAGAAGCUGACGCGCGGCAAGUACCAGGACAACUUGGAGUUUCUGCAGUGGAUGAAGGCGUUCUGGGAGCGCGAGGGCGGCAUCGGGAGGGUGGACUAUGACCCGGCUCAGGCGCGCGAGGGCAAGGCCCUGCCGCCGUGGGCGCGCCCCCUCGACGCCUCCGGAGGCGCCCCUGCCGCAGAGCGCCGGGUCAACAAGGAGAACCUGAGACCCAGCACGGCAGGCCGAGAGGCUGCCAGCAAGAAGCCUGCGGCCACCGCGGUCGCGAAGACCCCGAGGGGCACCACGCCCACGCCGGCCAGGGCGGCCGACCGCGGCGGGGCGGAGCGCGCGAACGGCGAACUGAGGGAGAAGGUGGCGCUGCAGCAGGAGGAGCUCACGGAGCUCCGGGGUACCCUCGACGGUCUGGAGAGGGAGCGAGACUACUACUUCGCGAAGCUGCGCGACGUGGAGAUCCUCUGCACCACGCUGCAGGCCCACAUGGACCCUGACCUGACGCCCGCGAAGCUUGUCGAAGACAUUCAGGGGAUCUUGUAUGCGGAGCAGGAGCCAGAGCAGGACGCUUCGCCAGCGUAG